CUUUUCCCUCUCUCUCUCUCGGCGCUGUGUGUUUGUUCUCUAGAGCGCGUCGCGAGGAUAUGGAAGAUGGCGAGCGCCGAGACAGCGGCAGAGCACGAGCGAAUCCUGCGUGAGAUUGAGAGCACAGACACUAACUGCAUCGGGCCAACACUCCGGUCUGUUUAUGAUGGACAGGAACAUGGACUCUUCAUGGAUAAACUGGAAGGGCGGAUCCGCAACCACGACCGUGAAAUUGAGAAGAUGUGCAACCAUCACUUCCAGGGCUUUGUGGACUCCAUUACUGAGCUGCUCAAAGUGCGCGGAGAAGCCCAGAAACUCAAGUGUCAGGUGACCGAGACCAAUCAGAAGCUCCAAAAUGAUGGCAAGGAGCUCCUGACAUCGAUGGAUGAGCUGAGACAGUGCCGUCUGCAGCAGAGGAAUAUCGCCACCACCAUCGACAAACUCACACACUGCUUACCAGUGUUGGAGAUGUACAGCAAACUGCAGGAGCAGAUGAGGGCCAAAAGAUACUACCCAGCACUACGAACCCUGGAACAGUUGGAGGAGAGUUGUUUGCCUCAAGCUGGAUCAUAUCGUUUCUGCGGCAUCAUGUCAGAGAAUAUCCCACGCCUGCGCACACACAUCAGAGACGUCUCCAUGUCUGACCUCAAAGACUUCCUGGAGAGCAUCCGCAAGCAUUCGGAUAAGAUCGGAGAGACUGCCAUGAAACAGGCACAGGUGCAGAUCGCUCGUGAUAAUGCAGUGACAUCACAGCAGCGAUCAAUGAGCGGACGGAGGAUACGAAAGGAGGUGGAGAGAACUGGAAGCAACCCCUUUUCAGAAAAGGAUUCUGGGAUACUGGAUGUGGAGGAUGAAGAGAAAGAUGAGAUUCCUGGUGCACAGGACCUGGUGGACUUCUCUCCUGUGUAUCGCUGUUUACACAUCUACACUGUAUUGGGUGCCCGGGACACGUUUGAGAACUACUACAGGAAGCAGCGGCGGAAACAGGCCCGACUAGUGCUGCAGCCUCACUCUAACAUGCAUGAAACAUUAGAGGGGUACAGGCGCUACUUCAAUCAAAUUGUCGGUUUUUUUGUAGUGGAGGACCACAUCUUGCACACCACACAGGGCCUGGUAAACCGGGCUUAUGUGGAGGAACUGUGGGAGCUGGCCCUCUCAAAGACCAUUGCAGCCUUGCGUACACAUUCAUCUUAUUGCACUGAUCCAGACCUGAUAUUAGAUCUGAAGAAUCUUAUUGUGCUGUUUGCAGAUACACUGCAGGGUUAUGGUUUUCCAGUAAACCAGUUGUUUGAUAUGUUGCUGGAGAUGAGGGAUCAAUAUGGAGAGGUCCUGCUGAAAAAGUGGAAUCAGUCCUUCAGGCAAAUCUUGGAUCAGGACAACUAUAGCCCCAUUCCCGUGGCGUCCCCUGAAGAGUACCAGCGAAUAGCAGGCCAGUUCCCCUUCCAGGAUCCAGAGCUCGACAAGAUGCCUUUUCCGAAGAAGCUGCCAUUUUCUGAAUUUGUGCCUAAAGUAUACUCGCAACUCAAAGAAUUCAUCUAUGCCUGCCUGAAAUAUUCGGAGGACUUACACCUUAGCUCCACAGAAAUUGAUGACAUGAUCCGCAAGUCUACAAACCUCCUGCUCACACGAACCCUUAGCCACUGUCUACAGUAUGCCAUAAAGAAGAAAAACGUAGGACUGGCAGAGUUGGUUCAGAUCAUCAUCAACACCACUCACCUGGAGCAGUCCUGUCACUACCUAGAAGAGUUCAUCUCCAACAUAACCAAUGUGCCUCCUGACACCAUUAAUGCCACCAAACUCUAUGGAACCUCCACCUUCAAGGAUGCAAGACAUGCUGCUGAAGAGGAGAUCUACAUUAACCUAAAUCAAAAGAUUGACCAGUUUCUGCAGCUGGCUGAUUAUGAUUGGACGGCAGCACAGGGCGGUGGGCAGGCCAGUGACUACCUGAGUGAUCUCAUCGCUUUUCUCUGUAGCACCUUUACAGUGUUCACUCAUUUGCCCGGCAAUGCUAUAGAGCACGCCACGUUACCGGGUAAGGUGGCUCAGACGGCAUGUAUGUCAGCCUGUAAACACCUUUCAACCUCUCUGCUGCAGCUGCUGUUGGAGGCUGAUGUCAGGCAAGUGUCUAUGGGAGCCCUUCAGCAGUUCAACGUGGAUGUAAAAGAGUGUGAGCGGUUUGCCAGGGCCGGCCCGGUGCCUGGCUUCCAGGGGGACACUCUGCUGCUCGCCUUCAUCGACUUGAGACAAUUACUGGAUCUCUUCACUCAGUGGGACUGGUCGACAUAUCUGGCUGACUAUGGUCGACCCACCUGCAAGUACCUGCGAGUCAAUCCUCAUACGGCUCUGGCCCUCCUAGAAAAGAUUUCGCGGUCGAUGAAGGACACCAGCCGCAAGAACAACAUGUUUGCUCAGUUCCGUAAAAACGAACGGGACAAGCAGAAGCUCAUAGACACCGUUGUCAAACAGCUGAGAAAUCUCAUCGCCACCAACCAGGCCUGAGAAAGCCAUCGCAUCAGCAUGCAGCCCCACGUCCUGAUGAGUUGCCACCAGACUGCGUGGACUGCGCUUGCACACCUCUAUUAGUUGGACGUAUUGUUCUAUUCCCACACAGACACUUGCACUAACAUUCACAUAUAAAUGCACCUCUCUGAAAGGUGCACCUGCUAAACCAUCCUGUGCCUGUGUGAUAUGGUAUCCACGUCUUCCUAUGAACACAUCACAUUUUGCUCUUUAAAACAGGUUUUGGUUGCCUUUUAUUGUCUUGUGUUGAGCGUCUUACAAAAGGACUGCUUUCCUGUCAAACAAUUUGAAAUGCCUUUACAAUAGUUCUAAAGUAUUAUCUCUUUUUUGAAUUUGACAACUACAGUUACACUGUUUUGUGGUUAUUACUUCAGUUGCUGCAAAGUUAAAGGAAAACUUGGAACUCUAACUAGACUUGAAUAUUGCAGUCAUAAUUUCUAACAGAUCAAAUUUAAAGAGAUAGUUCCCCUAAAAUGUAUCAUUUACUCGCCCACCCUUCAUUCCAAACCUUUCUAUCCACUGUGGAACACAAAGGUGAUAUUAUUAUAACUGUAAUAAUUGUAUUGGAAGUCGUCGAUAGCCAAAACUAUUUGGCUGCCAAAAAAUAUUAGAAAAAGUCAUACAGGUUUGGAGCAUAUGUGGAUAAAUGAUGACAGAAUUAUCAUUUUGGCUGAACUAUCCCUUUAAUAUGUGUGAAAAUAUCAAUGAAUAUUCUCACAGAUGGGUCAAGGGUUUAUUUGAGUGCUGAUUAUAAUGAUGGAAGUUCUCAAUACAGGGAAUCUAGUUACUGCCCUUGUUAAAUCUUUCAUGUGUAGUAAUUGUAUACUAGACAUGCUUCAGCUUUAGUCUGUUACAGCCAAGACAUAGAUUAUAGCUUAAUACCUUAAAGAGCAACAGCUCUGUGGCAGUUUUAGAGAGGAUUAGUUUACUAUCGUCUUGAAAAUGACCAGGCUAAGAUUAAAGUUUGGUGUUUUUUGACUAGACGUCAAAUAUGCAGAAUAGAGGCUUUUGUCCAUUGUUAUUAUUUAAUUGCAAAUAUAUCAGCCAGCAUUCAAUGCCAAAACUGACUGAAGAUGUGUAAGGUAGGGGAACAUACUAGAGCAGGCUAAUGUCAGCACAUUUAUACAGUCAUGUGAGUUUAUUUACACAGCUGUACAUUAAAACCUAAUAUAAAUUGCUUUUAGUAUUUAAACAGUGUCGUCUUCCCAUAACGUUGAUGUUUUCUCUAAUAGGAAUGAGGGUGCAAUAUUACGUUUUUCUUUUUUUUUCUAAUCGACUUGAGUUUUUUUUUUAGAUAGCAGAGAUUAUUGUGUUUAAAGGGAUUUUGCUGCUGCUUUUUUUUCAUUUCUAAUUUUACUGACACAAAAGAUGUAUUUGAAGCCUGUCCCUUACAAUGGGUGCAACAUCAUUAAACAAUAAAGGGAAUCCUCAAUUUUUAGGGACAGACUGAGCGCUAUGUCAAAUGAUUUUAUGCUGUCUGCUGGAUUCAGUCAUGAAUUAUUUCAUGCCUAUAAUUGAUUGUGGUUUUUUUUCCCUGCACAGCACCUGGUUCUGGAUGUAUGACCAGGGAAUGGACAUGUGCUGGUGGGUGAACGCGAGCAUACAUGAGAACAUUCAGCCUUAGCCAACAGCUCUGAUUGUAGAGAACAGUACUGACUCCAGUUAGAGAUGCACUGUACAGAUUGUUAUAUUAAACCACUGAUGAAUAUUAAAAUACUAAUAAAUGCAGCAAAUGCCAAAAAAUAAUAAAUUGAAAAUGUGUAUUU